GAUCGUGUCUGAAAGACGAUUCUGACAAGAAAACUCCGGUUAUAAAUUCGCUUUUUUUGUUUGUUUCUUGUUCUUUCUUAAGAAAUCCCCCCAACUCUUUCUUUCUUUCUUGUAUUAUGGUAUUUUCUAAUUUACUCAAGAGCACCGUUGGACAAACACGUCCUCACACGCUUAUUCGACCUAUUCAAUGGUCACUCAUUCAUCACCGUUAUUUGGCAAGUGAAGCCACAAAGAAACCACCAACUGCAGUUUUAUUGACUAAUAUGGGUGGACCUGAAAAACUAGACGAUGUGUAUAGCUUCCUUCACAACUUGUUUUCUGACCGAGACUUGAUGCAACUUCCUAUGCAAAAGCAUAUGGCCAAAUUCAUCGCUACCAGACGUACACCCAAGAUUAAGGACCAAUACCAAGCUAUUGGUGGUGGCUCACCUAUCCUCAAAUGGACCCGCAAACAAGGUGAAAUGAUGGAAAAGAUCUUAGACGAAAUUUCACCUGAGACUGCACCUCAUAAGCAUUACAUUGCUUUUCGCUAUGUCGAACCAUCCACUCGUACAGCCUUGGAUCAAAUGAAGCAGGACGGUGUUGAACGUGCUGUUGUGUUUACUCAAUACCCACAAUACUCUUGUUCUACUUCUGGCAGUAGUUUCAAUGAAUUGUACCGUGGUAUCAAGGAAAACGGUAUGGAACACAUCAAGUGGAGCUUGAUUGACCGUUGGCCUACACACCCAGGAUUUAUUGAGGCCACUGUCAAGAAGAUUGAGCAAAAAUUGGCUGAAUAUACACCUGAGGAACGCAAGGAAGCUGUGAUCAUGUUCUCUGCUCAUUCAUUGCCUAUGUCUGUCGUGAACCGUGGUGAUCCUUAUCCUGCCGAGGUAGCUGCUACGGUGAAUCAUGUCAUGCAACGACUUGGUAACCAAUACCCUUACCGUCUUUGCUGGCAGUCACAGGUAGGCCCUAAAGCCUGGUUAGGUCCUCAAACAUCCGAUGCGCUUAAAGGAUUCUCUGAAGCAGGCAGAAAGAAUUUAGUGGUUGUGCCUAUUGCUUUCACAAGUGACCAUAUUGAAACCCUGUUUGAAUUAGAUCUCGAAUACGGUUCAGAAGCAAAAGAGUUGGGCUUGACUGGCUUUAAGCGUGUGGGUGCUCUGAACGAUGAACCUGUAUUCACUCAAGCCAUGGCUGAUAUCGUAAAGGAGCAUUUGGAUAAAAAUGAGAUUGUCAGUAAACAAUGGCCACUUCGUUGCCCUGGAUGUACCUCUGACACUUGUGGCCAUACGCGUACCUUUUUCACUCAAGAACAAAAUUUGUAAAUAAUGAUUAUACACUGAAUCGAAAUAAAAAUUAGCCCAGUUUUGUGUCAUUCGAAUUCAGCAACAAAAGGUAUCCUAAUCCAAGAGCUUCUUUAAUAUACUUAAAUGUGCUCAGUUUCUUUAUUUUAAGAUAGUAUAAAUAAAUAUAUAAAAAUUAGUACUUGGUGGUAUAGCCUUUGGCAUCAAUGACAG